AUGAAACAAACCCAACACUUACCAGGAGUUAAUCCUAGAGCAUUUCAAUGCUGCUUUUGUUGUCACGUUAAAACUGGAACUUUGCUGUAUGGUAUCAUCAAUGUGUUUGGAGACCUUCUGCUCCUGGGCUUGCUGAUCUUUGUUGCGAUCCACCCUGAUGUCCUGGCACCACAGACCCAGCAGAAGUAUGAUGGGAUUGUGCUUGUGCAGACAGAAAACGGAAGCUUUUUUCAGAGCUUUGGCUAUGAGCUCUACAAGCAACACAUUAGUAAAGACAACCUGACUCUGAUGGUCGGUGUUACACUGGUAUGCUUUGUCUCAGCACUAGCUCUUGCAUAUGGAGUUGUACGGAAUGUGGCUAGUUACCUGAUGCCAUUCUUCUGCAUGCAAGUUUUUGACUUUUGUCUGAGUUGCCUUGUGGCAGUGGGCUGCUUUACGUAUGCCCCAAAUAUUAAACACUGGAUUCAUGAUCAGGGAUUGGAGAGCUAUCCAGGGAUGGACCGCAUAUUGUCCUUGGACUCAGACUAUUUAUUGCUGCUGUGUGUUGCUGUUGUAGUCCUUGUCCUGUCAUCAAAGGCUUAUUUAAUCUGCAUGGUGUGGUCCUGCUACAAGUACAUCCAGCUGUAUGUGGCUGCUAGAAGUGUUAACAGGGACUACAGUGCCAAUGCAGAUGUGGAGAUAUUUCUGCCACCCUGCUAUGAAGAAGCUAUCAAAGUGCCAGGACACUACACAGAGCCACCUGCAUACAGCAGAGAAUAG